CCUGUGGCGCGCCGCCUGCCGCCUGCCGCCGCCUCAGUCGAGUCGACAACGCGCCGAGCCGCACCGGUCCGCUCUACCCGCGUCCAGAGCGCGCGUAAAAAGUUUCAACACACUCUACGAAACUUGCACACCGCGAUUACGAUAUCGAACUUAGUAGCGAUCAUUCAUUCUUGCGUUGUUCUGUAAUAGACUAGCUGACAAGUUUGUGUUUUUGAUUUUAUUCGAAAAUUCUGUGAUUUUUGCCUGCAUUCCUGUAAAAUUUAUUUUUUAUUUGACAUUUCAAGUUUUGUCCAAACUUCAAAUAUUCUUUGACGAUAGAUUUAUUUAUUUUGAAAUUAAUUUGGACAAUAUUAGUAGAAUCAGCGUUGGAAGUGGCAACUGCGACAAAAUUUUUAAUUGAAAGUUGCAAAGAUUAUGUACUGGAACAUCGAUGGGAUGUUCGGACGGUGACGUCGAGUGGUCAGCUGUAGGCAGGCUGGGCUCGCAGGCGGUCAACUUGAUGCUGCUGCAGGGAGAGGGCCGCGAGCGGCAGGGGCCCGCAAUGGAGGAGGACUGCUCCGCGCGCCCCUGCGCCACUGACUUCUCCAUCGCUGCCAUCAUGGCCAGGGACCGCCAGGAGAGGAGAGAGAGGCGAAGACAUAGAGACCCCAGAGAAGACACACUUAUGCCUUUAGAAAAGUUUGUGGACGCAACAGCUUCUGCCUCGGGCUCCCCGUCCCCGCCUCUCGCAGAGUUCGAGCAAGAUUCUCCCGUAGAUGUGUCGUCGACGUCAGAAGCAGGGUCUGCCAGCGGAGCCCCUAGUGGCUCCCGGCCUCUAUCACCACCUCCCAGGAACCCACAGCUCGUGGAGCGAUGGUCCAGCGAGGAGAUGCGACACAUACAGUGCCACCUCGAAACUAAAGAACUAUGGGACAAGUUUAACGAAUUAGGGACAGAAAUGAUCAUCACUAAGACUGGAAGACGCAUGUUCCCGACGGUACGUGUAUCGUUCGCGGGGUGCCGCGCGGACGCGCGCUACGCCGUGCUGCUGGACGUGGUGCCGGUGGACGGCAAGCGGUACCGCUACGCGUACCACCGCUCGUCCUGGCUGGUAGCCGGCAAGGCGGACCCGCCAGCACCCGCGCGCCUCUACCCGCACCCUGACUCGCCCUUCUCCGGUGACCAGCUGCGCAAGCAGGUCGUCUCCUUCGAGAAAGUCAAGCUCACCAACAACGAAAUGGACAAAAAUGGACAGCUGGUCCUGAACUCCAUGCACAAAUACCAACCGCGCAUUCACCUAGUGCUGCGACGAGAAGGAGCUAUCAAUGCGCCCAUCACAGACCUAGAACAAGAAGAAUUCAAGACGUUCAUAUUCCCCGAGUGCGUGUUCACUGCCGUCACCGCGUAUCAGAAUCAACUCAUCACGAAACUGAAAAUCGACAGUAAUCCAUUCGCUAAGGGAUUUCGUGACUCUUCACGUCUCACCGAGUUUGAGAGAUACUAUAUCACGGGGGAGCACGAAAGAACAUCAGUCUUCCCCGACGACGCGCGCUACAGCGCCGCCAGUCAUAGGGAGACCAUGGAGUCGAUGUUGGCAGAACAACAUUUCCUACGUUCACCACUGCGACCGUUUGAUCUGGACCAACAUAACAACAACUUAACGUUGGAGGAGAAAGCGAUAUUGGCAGCACGGUCACAACUGUUCCUGCGUGCAGCAUACCCGCUGUACGGUGUGCCAGCCGCGGCGCUGUGGGGACAAUGGGCGUGUCUGGCGCCACAGUUGCUGGCGCAACAGCAUCUCGCUGCCUCUGGGUCUGGCUUGCAGCUGCCGCGACCGGUGUACCCGGGAGCUUUGGGUGCGGGUGGUGCGGGUCCGCAGCCGCUGGCUCAGCACCGAUUCUCGCCUUACCCUGCUCGCCGUGCCUCACCAGGGUCCUCACCAGACUCGCUGCGCGACGCCAGCCCGCACCCUUCGCCACUGCACCCGCCGCAUACUCCGCACACCCCACACGCGCCGCACCCGCCCCACAGCCCCACUUAGUGAUAAAACGCGGAAUAAAAACCUCCCCGAGAUCUCCCUGUAAUAAUAUGCGAUAUUGUAUGAGAGUCUUUAUAUGGAAUGUUUCUGAGAGAACACAAAAGGAAAUUUGAAGUGCGUCGGUGUUUCGCUGGGAAACGAGAUGGCAUCGUGAACUUCGAUAAUUUUAUGCGCCGACAAGUGAAUAAACAGAGUGCGAGUGCGUGGAGAACAUUUCGAAGUGCGGCCUGAAACGUGCGAGUGGGAACACCGCGCACCGCGCGCUCCUCAAACUGUUAUUACUCAGACUGUGAACUUGUAUUAUAUUGUAAAAUAUUAUUUAACUGUACUUUAAAUCUGUAAUUAUUGUUAUAUGUUCCUAAUAGUUUCGUCUCGUAGUGAUGGUUUCUGCUAAAUUCAUGUUAUAGCAAAUUAGAGAGUCUCGCAAAAACUAAGCAUUUGAUUGCCGUGUACAUUUCGUUUGAUUUAUUUUGUAACUGGAGAAAUAGAAUAUUGUGAGAGCAUUACUGUAUGAGCUGUUGAUGUCGUGGACGUUGGUCUCUCAAUAUUAGUGGCACUCGACACUACUUGGCUGAUUUCAUCUUGUUUAGGUAAAAUGUGCAAUACAAGAGAAUUAAAAAUUGUUUUAGUGAAACUUAGAAGUUUAGUAAGAUAUAGAUGUAUCGAUAAAUAAUUAAAUAGUAGAAAUUAUAUUGCUGUCUAUGUUUACAUUAAUUCCUGCAUCCAAACGACAAGCGGAUGUAUAGAUGUACCUACACGGUUACUUUGUAGUUAAAUUAUAGUUAUUAAAAAUAAUAUAUU